UAGCUUUGGGAGAGAAGGGAUUGAAGACUGUUGAGACUUCCGUGAUGAAUCGGGUGAUCAUAGUUACUAACAAAGGCUCCUAGUAUAUAAUUAGCAUCUGAUCAUCAGAUAUAUUGAAUUGAACUUACAUGAGAUUUCCAAGGUACUAUGAUGGUUCUGGGGGAGUACUAGGUGGUUGUGGUCUGGAUGCUCACUAUGCUAGGCGCAAAAUAAAAUUCUCGGUAAAUUCCGAGCCUCAAAGUAGCUAUUUCUCAUGACGUGACAUAAAAUAUUCACAAACAGGACACCUACGAAAUUCGAGCAACCCGAUAUGUCUUUCGAAUCUCUCUCCGAACGCCUUACGGCGCUGCAGGAAUCAAAUAGACAAGCCAGGGAAUUAAUUCGCCAUUUAGAAACUAUUGAGUUUCAGCCAGGUUCUAUAACACUAGAUGGCGAUGAUGAUAAUAUAUUAUUAGAGCUCUCUGCGGAGAUUGCGCAGGUUUUGAAGGAUCAAUCUGAGGACUUUGCGCGAUUGCAGGAAGAAGUUCUAUCAAUACCUCUAGGACGGCCGAAUAGUGAGUUGCAAAGACAGAGAGAGGUGCUUGAUGAAGCAGUCGAGAUGCAUAUCGAAGAUCUCAAAUCGUAAGACACAUUUGCUCACUCGCUUAUAUCAUCUGUUACAAACUAACCACCAAAUUUUACAGACAUCAUAGAGCGUUUCUCAAAGCCGAAAUAAAAGCCAAAAAGACGCUCGAGGCUGCGAAAGUUUUGGAGCGACAACAUAUGCUCCAGGCAAGCUUAAGCCCCUCUUCCGGUAGGUCAACUCCCAACUCGAUAGAAAGACCUGCCGCUCGGCCAAAGUCGGAACUAUCAAAGGAAGACAAGACAGUAAAUGCUGCGAGCGACGUUACUCUGGCGCUACGGCGAACUCACGAAAUGAUGGCGGGCGAGUUGGAAAAAUCACAAUUCGCAAACGAUACAUUAAGACAAUCAACGGAAGCUUUAGCUCAGCUGAAUGAGACGUAUUCUACAUUGGAUUCUCUAUUAUCGAGUUCGCGGAAUUUACUUGGGACUCUACUGAGGAGCCAAAAGAGUGAUACGUGGUAUCUGGAGACGGCGUUUUAUGUUCUCCUUUGUACGAUUGCAUGGCUCGUUUUCAGGAGGUUACUUUACGGACCACUUUGGUGGCUAGUCUAUGCGCCAUUGAAAUUGACGUUCUACACUUUGUUUGGCAUAUUUGGAAUAAUGGGCUCGAAGAGUGGUUCAGCUGUCGAAAGCAGGAUAUCGAUAGUGAGUGAGCCGGCAACUUACGCGACUGUGUCAGCCACGAGUGAAAGCGUUGCUUUAGGUAAUAAGGACAUCCCGGUCAUUGACGUUGGAGGCGGUAAUAGGCAGUCGAUAGAACCAGAGGCAUCAACCAUGGUCGAGGAGGUGGAACAUAUUAUCGAUGAAAGUCAGCACUAUCGUGCACCUGAUAAGGAGGAAAUUAUUGUAGAAUCAGUAUUGGACGAGCCUGCUCAAGAUGCACAGGUCGUACUGGAAGAAGAAGUAGCUCGAAGUGAGCAAUCAGAUCCAGGGAAUCCAAAGAAGAGGAUGUGGGAAGAACCAGUAGAAGCGGCUAAGGAAGCAGAGCGAGUGAGGGACGAACUUUAAAUUAUCAAACGACAUUUGAAGGAAUUUGUUACCCCUAUAUAACAUACAAUUAUACCCAUUUAUUGCGUCAAUUAAACAUACGCAUGUAUACUCUUAUCUUGACAUAAAGUCUUGAAUAUUUUUAUGCUGACCAAGGCUGCACACAGUAUUGAGAUGUUUCAAGAUUCAAAAAUUCUGAAUCUUUGGCAGUGGUUCAAUAAGUUCAGUGAGUACGUUGUGCUAACUAAUUUCACUACAUCCCAAACAUCAAAAAAAUUCCGCCCAGCAUAAUUAGAAUAUUUCGACAGCAACAAAAUCUCCAUCAUCAUUAGCGAACUAAGCACUCGAUAUCAAUUUUUAUUAAUAGACUAGAAAAUUCUCUACUAAUUAUGACUCAACUC